AUGGACGUCAACAAUGCUUUCCUACACGGUGAUUUAAAUGAAGAAGUGUAUAUGGUUCUACCUCCCGGAUUCCAAAGUGAAAAGCCAAACCAAGUCUGCAAAUUACUUCGGUCCCUAUAUGGCUUAAAACAGUUUUUGGAUGACACAUUCAAAAUAAAAGAUCUAGGCCCUAUAAGCUACUUUCUGGGGAUUGAAGCACAAAGGGCCGAAGGUGGUUUAAACUUCUGCCAAUGCAAAUUCGCCUUAGAUAUCUUGGAUGAGGCAGGAUUCCUUGAGUGUAAGCCAGCAAACACCCCCAUGACUCAAGGCUCUCCUACGGAUAAGCAUAUGUUAGCUGCACACCGGGUGUUGAGAUACAUCAAACACUCAACAGGACAAGGUCUGUUCUUCUCCAAAGAUUCACAGCUGCAUCUGAAGGUUUUCUCAGACUCGGAUUGGGCAGCAUGCAGUGAAAGCCGAAAAUCCAUCACUGGAUAUUGUGUGUUUCUAGGUGAUGCUCUUGUCUCAUUGAAAUCAAAGAAGCAAAACACAGUCUCGAGGUCCUCAUCCGAGGCUGAAUACAGGGCCUUGGCUGCCACAACAUGUGAUAUACAAUGGCUUGGAUAUCUUCUAAGAGACUUACAAGUGGAAAUGAACAAGCCAGCUACCCUAUUCUGUGACAAUAACUCGGCCAUAGCCACUGCCGAGAACCACAUUUUCCACUAA